GGUGGAGUAAAGCGAACAUAUUGAAAAGAGAGAUUUUUUGUUUCAAGAAAUAUCUGCCACAAAUGCUGACGUGGAGGCAUAUGGUUGGUUAAGAUCUGAUAAGAAUUGUGUGCUCGUAAAGCACUCAAACCCCAAAUUAUAACCCAUAUUAUCAUCACAACUUUCUACUACAUUUCACAUUUCACAUUUCGCUUAAGCAUCUCCCCCAAAAAAACAAUAUCAAAAUGGCAACCACAAUGGCUGGCAUGAGCCUCUCGGCCCCAAGAAUCGUAGCAGGAGUAGACUCAGUGAAGGUCCAGCCCUUCAAGCCCGCCACGUGGCUGAACCAGCCAUGGAAGAGGAGUACUAGCGGCCGCUUGGCUUCCGUACGUCCCUUGUUCGCGGCGCCAGAUCAGAUAUCUGAGAAGGUAGCCGAGAGCAUCAAGAGCGCCGAAAGCGCUUGCUCUGACAACCCGGCUAGCGGCGAGUGCGUGGCGGCGUGGGACGAAGUGGAGGAGCUGAGCGCCGCGGCUAGCCACGCCAGGGACAAGAAGAAGACUUCUGACCCCUUGGAGGAGUACUGUAAGGACAACCCAGAAACUGAUGAGUGCCGUACUUAUGAAGAUUGAUUGAAUUUAUAGCAUAGCGUAAAUUCCAAAGUUACUUCUUCUUCUUCUUAUUUUGAUAUUAUUUACUAUUAAGAAAGGGAAAAAAAAAAGUUUAUAAUUAGCUGUGUUAUAUAUUAUAUGACGCACUUAUUAAUUUGUACGUGUUUGUUAAUUAAUCUCCAUGAAGCCACAACUUAAUUAUAUUAUUUUGGUGAUGAUGAUAAUUAUUACUUCUUAGUUCUUAUUAAA